AUGGAAUAUCGGUAUGGUCACUUUGCAGAAGUUGUAAAAUUUGACCACCCGGUUAAACGUGACAUUAUGACCAUUCCUUCUCAUAGUCAAGUGAAAUUUCGUUUUCAAGUGGGUAAUACUGGAGUUUGGGCUUUCCAUUUUGGAAUAUUAGCUCAAUUUGUUGAACUUCCACAUAAGCUUCUCGAAUUGUCACCACCACCAAAUGAUACUACAUUUAGAGACAAGGCAGGCAAUAAUGUAAUUCUAAGAAUGUGGGAAGGAUUGUGUGAAGUACCACUCAUAAUAGAAAAAGAAAGCCGUGGGAAGAAUGGAGCAAAACACUGUGCAAGUAUCUUUAGCAUUCUUAUAAAAAUAUCUUUAUUCAAUGCAUAUUUAUAA